AUUCCAACAAUUUCCAAAGUUACUUUAAGUUUGUGUUUUGAGUGUAUAGUGGAGAGGUGGAAAAAAAGUGGAUCUAAGAGCUGAGUUGUCGGCAGCCAUAUUUCAGUGUACAAACCAACUAACCCACUUCAGUAGUACUUGAUAUGGACACUGUAUUUCCCUCACUACUCUCUUUGCUAUUUCUAGCAAGAAUUUCAGGUUUUGCGGUAGCAUUUCUUGUUCUCUUUUGGGCUCUCUCUUUCAAAUCUAGCUUCCUCACACUUCCUUCCCUUCCCCAACAAGAUCUCAACUAUGCAGUUCUCCAUCCUGUGCUGAUGGUAAUUGGAUUUAUCCUCUUAAGUGGAGAAGCAAUUUUGGUACAUAGAUGGUUACCAGGGUCAAGGGGAUUGAAGAAAUCGGUGCAUUUAUGUCUACAAGGGGUGGCUUUAGCUUCAGGGAUUUUUGGGAUUUGGACAAAAUUCAAAGGAGAAGAUGGGAUUGUGGCAAAUUUCUACAGCCUGCAUUCAUGGAUGGGUUUGAUUUGUAUAUCCCUCUUUGGUGCCCAGUGGCUAAUAGGGUUCAUGAACUUUUGGCACCGAGGAGAAAUGCGAACAGUGAGGAUAAGGAUCUUGCCAUGGCAUGUAUUUGUUGGCCUAUACACUUAUGCAUUGGCAGUAGCAACAGCAGAAACUGGAUUACUAGAGAAGUUAACAUUCUUGCAAACACAGAGAAAUGUAUCCAAGCACAGCAUUGAGUCAAUGGUUGUAAAUAGUUUAGGCAUUGCUCUUGCACUCCUUAGUGGCUUUGUUAUUUUGGCUGCUGUUUCACCUAAGUAUCAAAUGCUUAAUACCACACUUUUCUACUCAGAUACUAGGUGUUUGUCAUCUUAAUCAAACACAUUUCACAAUUGUUCAUGCUUUAGUAAUAAUAUAUGUUCUAAGGUUAUCUA